GCGCGGCGCGCGCGCCCAAGCCGCGCCCUCCCGGCGGCUUCCUGGCUGUCAAACCGCAGCGGGAGCGAGGGGCGCAGGGUGUGGAGUCCCUUCCUCAGUUUACCCCGCAAGCGAAAAAGGAAAGGAUUGUUAAAGCCUCCCCGGAUGCUCUGCGGCCCGAGAAUCCGGCUCCUCCGAGAUCCCGCAGGACGUCUUCCUGGUUUUGCAUCGCAUCAGGACUUUCUUGGAAUUGCUUUUUAAGUCUCGUCCCGACAGCCACUACCGCCUCUGGCGCCCUGAAUCUGUUAUUUCUCAAGUUGGCAUUGCCCACAGUACAGCUGUUGACGUCACUUAGCACUGAACUGAAGCCCGCGGUGCGUGGCCCAGGAGCAGGGGCGGUGAUGAGCUGCUGAGGUGGCAGAAGCGGUGCAGAGGGAGCACCCCCGAUGCUGCCCUGCUUCCAGCUGCUGCGCAUAGGGGGCGGCAGGGGCGGUGAUCUCUACACCUUCCACCCCCCAUCCAGGUCGGGCUGCACCUACCGGCUGGGCUGCAGGGCUGACCUGUGUGAUGUGGCCCUGCGGUCCCAGCAGGAGCCGGGCCUCAUCUCUGGGGUCCAUGCGGAGCUGCAUGCGGAGCCCCAAGGGGACGACUGGAGGGUCAGUCUGGAGGACCACAGCAGCCAAGGGACUUUGGUCAAUAAUGUCCGACUCCCAAGAGGCCACAGGCUGGAGCUGAAUGAUGGUGACCUUCUGACCUUUGGCCCUGAAGGGCAAGCAGGAACCAGCUCCUCGGAAUUCUACUUCAUGUUCCAACAAGUCCGGGUCAAACCUCAGGACUUCGCUGCCAUCACUGUCCCUCGGUCUAGGGGAGAAGCUGGGGCCGGUUUCCAGCCCAUGGUGCCCCCUCAGGGGGCGCCCCAGCGGCCACUCAGCACCCUCUCCUCUGCCCCCAAGGCCACACUAAUCCUCAACUCCAUCGGCAGCCUCAGCAAGCUGCAGCCCCAGCCCCUCACCUUCUCCAGGGGUGGAGGCAGACCACAAAGCCUGGCUGCUCCCACCCGGCCUGGGGAAGUGGGAGCUUCGCCUGCUCCGCCCACAAGGAACCGGAGGAAAUCAGCUCACAGAGUGCUGGCAGAGCUAGAUGAUGAGGGUGAGGCUUCCCUGUGCCCCCUGUCCGUCCUAAUGGAGCCCAGGAAGAAGCUCCGCAUGGAGAAGGCCACUCUGGUGUCCAGUGGGAGGGAAUGAGCACAGGGAAAAUCUGCUGCCAUAGACUCCGACUCAAGGCUGAAGAACCCUCAUGGCUGAGGUGACAAGGUUUCCUGCCAAAGGUGUUGCUGCUGCCAAGUUCCCAGUAACAAGGAAUCACGCCUCAUUCCCAUGGACACCAGUUACCUGCUGCUGGAGCAACCAUCACAGAAGCUACCCCAGGGCCUCCUUAUACCAUGGCUAGCGCUGCAACUGACUGGGUCUC